UGGAGUUACAAAAGAGACUUGCCUUUAUCCAUGGGCAGAUCUGGAAGCCUCCAUCAGCAGCAGAGGACUAGGAGAGACUGUAACCAGAAGCUGUGGCUCUCCUACCUAACUGGUCAGCACCAUGAUGCAUCCUCAAGUCUUCAUUUCUGGCCUCAUACUUCUUCUCCCAGGUGCUGUGGAUUCUUAUGAAGUAGUGAAGGGGGUAGUGGGUCACCCUGUCACACUGCCGUGUACUUACUCAACACGUGGUGGAAUCUUUACCACAUGCUGGGGCCAAGGGGCAUGUCCAUCUUCUCAUUGUACCAACACACUACUCUGGACCAAUGGAUACCGCGUCACCUAUCAGAGGAGCAGCAGAUACCAGCUAAAGGGGAAUAUUUCAGGAGGAAACAUGUCCUUGACAAUAGAGAAUGCUGUCCUGAGUGACAGUGGUCUGUAUUGUUGUCGCGUGGAGGUUCAUGGAUGGUUCAAUGAUCUCAAAGUGACCUUUUCAUUGGAAGUUAAACCAGAAAUUCCCACAAGUCCUCCAACAAGACCCACAACUACAGGGAGUCCCACAACUCUGUCAACAGGACUCACACAUGUGCCAGCAUCACCCAGAGUCUCUACCUUUGCUCCAACAACACCAGCGCACAUGCAGACUCACACACCAGAACCCACUACAUCUUACCCAAGUCAGACUACAGCUGAGGUGACAGAAACUUCAUCCUACACCCCUGCAGAUUGGAAUAACACUGUGACAUCCUCAGACGGCUCCUGGAAUAACUACACUGAAUCUGUCUCUUUGUGGAAGACACAGAAGAACAUGAGUAACGACAUUUACACUGGCGUCUCAACUGCUGCCGUGCUGUUGCUGCUGCUCGCGUGCAUUGGGGUUAUCAGUGUCAUCCUUAAGAAAAAGAAGUCGAGGUCGAGGUCGAGGCCUGCAAGCUUGGUACUGUACCGUGUCUCUAAGAGUGGACCCGGGCGAAACAUAACAAUUGCCCAGACCCAAGAUGAUGAGAAUGUCUUCAACGUAAUUGCAGACAGUCUUUACCCUAAAAAUGAGUCCCAGUAACCCUCUGAGGAGCCCUCUGCCUGAGACUGCAAAGACAGCAACUGGAUUUAACAAAGCAAAUAGCCUUUCCAGCUGCAGGGCUAUGUUCUGUGUCGGUUCAUCCAGAAGUGGUGGAGAGGGUGACCCUCCGCUGUUUAUACUCAAAUUCAUGGUUCACAUCAUCCUAAUUCUUAUAUCAACACUGCCUCAGUCUCUCACUCAAUGCAGAACGUUCUUUCAAACAAACAUUUUAGUAUUUUGAGUUUCCUUUAGUCAACAUAAUCAUGGGUAAUACAGGAAAUAGACUUUUGUCUUGAUCAUUAAAACCAUUAAGAGAGGUAUAAAAAAAGUUAAAAAAAAUAAAAAGCAAUGGCAAGCUGGAGGCACAUCCUGAAUUUAAAAGUAUUUCAUGAUCAUGUUUUAUCUAUUUUAUUGUAAUUUGAAAUGUCACUUUUUCUCCCCUCCCUAAGGGGUCGUAAAAUCGUGGAAACAUACAGGUUUAAUUUCCCUCACAGACAAAUAGAAGGGACUGUAAUAUUACCAUUAGAGUUGGUUAUGCUUUCUUAUAGUUCUGGAAAUACGAUACAUUAUAAUGUGAUUGAAUUCUAGGGCUUCCCUUGUCUGUUCUAAAAUAUUUGUGUUUAAACUACAGUGUUUUCUGUUUCUGAAAUAUGCAGCAACUACAGAUCACAGCAGGACUUCAGCGAUGAUAACCCCGAUUUGUAGCUUUUCAAGAAAGAUUUGUCAAGCCAGUCCUACAGUGGUGAGGCCACCAGAGGGGGCUAUCAGCCCCUGAACUCUCCUGCCUCCUGAUUCUUACCUGGUGGCUGCUGGUCUCUGAAGACUAUGAUUGAUGGAGGAAGGUCAUUGGUUAAUUAUAAUAAAGAAACUGCUUGGCCUCAUAGGAGA